AUGGCCACCAAGCGAAAGCUCGACACGGCCACACCCGAGCCCGAAGAGCCCGUCGACCCUUCGGAUGAGCUGAUGUUUCUGUGCUUGGGUGGUGGAAACGAAGUCGGCCGUUCGUGCCAUAUCAUACAAUACAAGGGCAAGACUGUCAUGCUCGAUGCUGGUGCCCAUCCUGCAUACGAUGGCCUGGCUUCACUACCCUUCUAUGACGAGUUCGACCUAAGCACUGUCGACAUUCUUCUCAUUACUCAGCAGCUUUUCCCGCACUUUCAUUUAGACCAUGCCGCCUCUCUGCCCUAUGUCAUGGCAAAGACCAACUUCAAAGGUCGCGUCUUCAUGACCCACCCUACCAAAGCCAUUUACAAGUGGCUGAUGCAAGAUUCCGUUCGCGUGCAAAACACCCAUGCAACUGCGGAACAGCCAACACAACUCUAUACUGAAGCUGACGUCCUCUCGACUCUUCCCAUGAUCCAGACCAUCGCCUUCCACACCACACACACCCAUGCAGGUAUCCGGAUAACCCCGUACCCAGCUGGCCACGUCCUCGGUGCAGCCAUGUACGUGAUUGAGAUUGCUGGUCUCCAUAUCUUGUUCACCGGAGACUACUCAAGAGAGCAUGACCGCCAUCUGAUCCCCGCCUCGGCUCCCAAGGGCGUCAAGGUAGAUGUCUUGAUCACAGAGUCUACUUUUGGUGUUGCCUCUCACAUCCCGCGACUGGAACGCGAGACAGCUCUGAUGAAGAGCUUGACUGGUGUUCUGAACCGCGGAGGGCGCGUUCUCAUGCCUGUUUUUGCCAUUGGCCGUGCACAAGAGCUUCUUCUGAUUCUUGAAGACUACUGGAACCGUCAUCCUGAGUACAGGAAGUAUCCAAUCUACUAUGCCAGUAACUUAGCAAAGAAGUGCAUGCUUGUCUACCAAACGUACAUUGACGCCAUGAACGACAACAUCAAGUCCAUGUUCCAGAACAGGCUUGCUCAAACAGCUGACGGCAGCAACGGUGAAGCUGGCGCUGGAGGCCCUUGGGACUUCCGCUGGAUCCGCAACCUGAAAUCUCUCGACAGGUUUGACGAUGUUGGAGGCUGUGUCAUGCUCGCAUCUCCUGGCAUGCUUCAAAACGGCGUGUCUCGAGCUCUACUCGAGCGAUGGGCACCAGAUCCAAAGAACGGCGUCAUUGUUACUGGUUACAGCGUCGAAGGCACUAUGGCCAAGAUGAUUUUGACUGAGCCCGAAAGCAUCCAAGCCGUUAUGACCGGCAGAGUAGGUGGUAGAGUGCAAGGUGUGGGUGGUCGAGGCAAGCCAGGCGCCGAGGGCGAGAAAGUCAUGAUUCCCCGAAGGUGUACCGUUCAGGAAUAUUCGUUCGCAGCACACGUCGACGGAACCGAGAACCGCGAGUUCAUUGAGGAAGUUGCAGCUCCUGUCGUGAUUUUGGUUCACGGCGAGAAGACAAAUAUGAUGAGACUCAAGUCCAAACUGUUGUCGCUGAACGCAAACAAGUCAACACCCGUCAAGGUCUUCUCCCCGGCAAAUUGCGAAGAGCUUCGAAUCCCUUUCCGACAGGACAAGAUUGCCAAAGUGGUCGGUCGACUUGCAAACCAGAUCCAGAUAUCUACAGCCCCACCUUCACCUCCUAGCUCCGACGAAGAAGGUACAAGGGACGAAAAGAAGUUCAAAACGACGAACGGCGCUCAGGUAGUCUCUGGUGUAUUGGUGCAGAAUGACUUCAAACUUAGCUUGAUGGCGCCCGAAGACCUGAAGGAAUACGCUGGAUUGACAACCACAACUAUUCUCUGCCGCCAAAGACUGACCCUUGCAGCCGCGGGUCUUGAUUUGAUCAAGUGGGCCCUUGAAGGCACUUUUGGAGCCAUCGAAACCAUCUCAUCCCCUUCCAAAGAUAUCAAGGCAGAGGCCAGUGGAAAUGGUGCCACGUAUGAAGAGGCUGAUGAGGAGCUUCAAAGACGUCAGGAGACCGUCUUUGAGGUCAUGGGCUCAGUCAGGGUCAAGGUGGCUGAUCGUGGCGAGGUCGAUGUCGAGUGGGAAGGCAACAUUUCCAAUGACGGAAUCGCAGAUGCUGUUCUUGCCGUCUUGUACACGGUUGAAAGCAGUCCUGCGGCUGUAAAGCAAUCGUCGAGUCCACAUUCACACGACCAUCACGAGAACAAGCGCAAUCUCCACGCUCACAUCAGUCCUUCGGAAAGGCUUUCACGUCUAUGCAUGUUCCUCGAAGCGCAAUUCGGCGAGGACGCCAUCACUCCGAUUUCGAGGCCUAAGCUCAACGUCUCCGAGGUCGACGAUGUCGAUACUUCGGAGGAUUCCAUUGCAGCGGAAAAAGCCAGAGCUCAGCUGGAGAUGGUAGAGUUAGAACGCCUCCACAAAGCAGGCAUCCCUGUGCCAGGCUUGGAGAUCAAGGUAGACAAGAUUGUAGCCAAGGUUUGGCUCGAGACGCUCGAAGUAGAGUGUGGUAUGCGAAGCAUGGCCGACAGGAUCCGUGCCGUGGUAGAACGGGCUGUUGAGGUUGUUGCUCCACUGUGGGAGUAG